GCGAUCGCCUACCCGCUCCGGCGAUUGGUGCGUGCGAGUCACUCUCGUGUCAGUAAGCUGAGCGUAGCGCGUUCCCGCUUGAACUGGUUCUGAAUUUUUUACUUUAAUUUUUUUUUUUCUCUCGCGCUGCCUGAGGACUGUCGAGGGAGGAGAGCUUUCAGAGAAAAUUAAAAGAAGGCUGAGAUGGUCAGAUACUCUGACACUCUGACACCGCUUUAACCUCACGUUCUCUCUCACACCACAGAGAGACAGGGGUUUGGGUGGUUUUGCUUUUGCCCUUUGAAUCAGUAUGUCAAUGUCUGUCAACACUCGCUGUCACGCCCUCAGUAGUUUCAGCUCUUGCUUUUUGCCUCUUGAAUUCUGCCUUUUUUACAUUGUCUCUAUCUCUCUCUCCCCAACACUACAAAUUGGGGUUCGUUUGCUCUUGAUGCUCAUGUGAAGUGGAAGCUCCACCGCUUCAAACUGUACCUCCUUCUUAUUCUGGGAAAGGAGGACGUGGACCCCAGAGGAUGUCUGACGAGGAGGAAUCGAGCGUGGGGGUUGAAGAGAAGAGGAAGGGUAGGGUGGGGAAGGAAGCACAGCCACCGUGGAUCAAGCUGGGUCUUGGGAUUGGUGCUUACUCUGCUCCUACUGCACAAAACCCCGUGAGUGAGCACGGAAAGCCUGCGUCGUUGACACCAGCUCAGUCGCAUGAGCUUCAAGGACAGGCCCUCAUCUACAAGCAUUUAGAGGCUGGUCUUCCUGUUCCUCUUCACCUCCUCAUUCCCAUUUGGAGGAGCGUGGCUAGCUGUUUCGGCCCUGCUAUUUAUGAGCUUUACCCUAGCUUUAUAGGUUAUUUUAGUCCUCAGGGGUUUGACUAUAGGACCAUGAUGGAUCCCGAACCGGGAAGGUGUAGAAGAACUGAUGGGAAGAAGUGGAGGUGUAGUAAGAAUGUGGUUCCGGACCAGAAAUACUGUGAGCGGCAUAUGCACAGAGGCCGUCAGCGUUCAAGAAAGCCUGUGGAAGCUGUUGAAAUUUCAAUUACUUCAGAUGCAAUGCCAUCUGACAAGUUGAAUGACAAAUUAGGGGAGUUAAACGCGAAUUGUGGCAAUUCAGCUGCUGUAGGACUUCGACUCAUGACCCCAUCUUACAGUAAUAAUGGUUCCAACCAUAACACCUCCACCACCACCAUAUCCAUUAGCAAUACUGGAAGCAAGAAAAAUGCUUGUUAUGACGCUAUUACCACCAGAACCCACAUCCCUGCAAUUGCAGCAACCACGACCGCCCUACCUGCCGCCACAACCAUGAGGAUCACCACUACCCCUACCACUGCUCCCACCCUGCCUGCCACCGCUUCCAUGAGGAUCACCACUACCCCUGCCACUGCACCCACCCUCACGGCCAAUGCCAACAGAAAAAUUGACCAGACUACUGAGAGAAAGGAUAUGAGUGGCAACUCUGUCAGUUACCAUACUACCAUGAAAAGCAGCAACAACAGGGUUAACAACAUAAGUUUUGGUAUAUCUCCUGGACUGGGCUUCUCACCAAAGAGUGUUCUUCAAGUUCAAGGUUGCAACAGUUCAUGCUUUGGAAAUCGAAAUAGCAUUGAACUUGAACCAGGGAGGUGUAGAAGAACAGAUGGGAAGAAGUGGCGGUGUAGCAGGGAUGUUGUUCCUGAUAAGAAGUAUUGCAUGCAACACAUGCACAGAGGUGCCAAAAAGCAUGCGGCGGCCUCCCAAACAAUUCCUGUACCUACUGCUUCCACUGCUGCAAGUCAUAGAGCUUCGCCAUCUUUCUCUUCAAGCAUACCUAACAAAGCAGAUCAUGCAAUCCCGAACACAGAUCUUUCCAUCUCAAUCCAAGCAAGUCCUCCACUGAGACAUAAUGAAAAAAGUACUACCAGCAGUAGCAGUGAUACUACAAUUACGGACACCAGCAUCACUGCCAAUGAAUAUGGUUAGGUUUUUCUGCAUAAGACGCUUAUCUAGAAAGACCAGCCUUCUAAUCUUCUAAGUGCUUUUGUACCAUUGCCAGCUCUUAGAGAGACCAGUUUUGAGGCGUUGUUGCAAACAGAGGAAACAGUAAUGUUAUUUGUGUUGUUUUAAGGGGGAUAUAUAACCACUGAGCUUCAUGUUUUGUAUCUUGUAACUAUCUAGAAGCCUUUUGUUAAAUGAAUGCCUUUUUUUUUAAUCA